AUGAAGAUGGCCGGGGAUAAGACGGUCGAGGUCACUCCUUCGCCACGGAUAGGGAUUGAAGACUCCCUAGAGUGUCUUCCUAGUAUCAUGGAUGCGUCUAUCACGCAUGGGGAGCUGACUCAGGAGCUAUGCCUUAUUCUCUACCUCACAUACUCCACUGGCGGUGGCAGUUUAUAUUGUUUGACGCUCACUUCGGUAGCACCAUUUCCCAACAUUGCUUCCAUUGGUGGGGCAACAACUCAGAUCUUUUGUCAGGGGCUAGCAGCGCCCUGUGCUGAAGUGGCACUGGGCGGGGCGCUGACAAUUCUCAAAUGGCGGGGAUGCACCUGCAAUGAUGACAACAACCAACGAGCUCCUCGACCACACAAGGGCAGAGCCCGGGCAUGGAUACUCAAGGAUAAGCGCAAGGGACACAAAAUGCCCAUUAACAACUAG